AUGUCUAUGAAAGGGAAGCGAGAUAUCUCAUCGUUUGGUUUCAUUAGUAGUAAAAAGCAAAAGACUCCUGUAGAAAACGCUAAAGAAACUUGGGAUAUCUCAACCGUAGAGAACAGGAACGGUGACAGUUUUUUUAGCAUGCGUGAUAGUUCAACAAGCGUAACAAUAGCAGAUAAAUCAAUAUUCACAAAUUUAAAAAAUGAUAUUGGUUCUCUUAUUAAAUCAAGACUUUCACUGGAUGAUGAUAUUCGAUAUUUAUUGUUGAAAGAUCAUUUUAUGCCCAGUGGAAAUUCUAAGUGGCCAUAUUCAGAACGUAAUACACACAUGACGGUUGAAAAGCGCUAUUUAAAUCAAAAACAUCUCAAAGAUAAUUCGUGA